AUGGAUGACCCUCCUGCUCUCGACGACGCUCAUAUGACUACACCGACAGACGACAGCGAUAGCAUAACGUUACCCACACCGACGCAACCAAUCAACCCCGCGCCUCAUACCGACGAUGAGAUUCGUGACGCGACGCGACCGUCGAACCGUAACCCCGAGACGUCAGCAACCGGCGCGAUUCGGAAGCAGCCACCGGAACCGCAGCCUAGCCGGAUUAGCCCGCGUAAUAUACCGCCAGAAUUCCUUCCCGGCAAUGAUGCAUCGGCUAAGCCGGCGCCCGUUCAGCAACCGCCGUUGAGAUCACGGGAGUAUCAUCCGGUGAAUCCGCCACCAUUCGACUACCGCACAGGGAAUUCUCCCCCUUACGAAUAUCGCGACGCACCACCGCUGCGGAGGCCUGCCUUCCGCAACCAGGGUUUCGAGGACGGCCAAUAUAACUUCCCGCGACCGAGCAUGAACAGCAACUUAGCAUCACCGUCCAGACCGACCGCGUUAGCCGCGUAUGAGGUUAUGAGGAAAUGGAAUCUCAAGUUUUCGGGAACGCGUAACGAGGACGCCGAAGCAUUUCUCGCACGGAUAGACGAGGGCCGAUCGCUCAUUAAGGGGUAA